AUGUCAGUACAGCAUAUUGACGCCUGUAAAGUUCGUGUUGUAUGGGUUGAUAAUGAAACAAUUGAUAAAAUAACCGAGCGACAAUAUUCAGAAGAAGCUACAUUCUGGAGAAAAGUGUUACAUAGAAUUAUAAAAAUAAUUCUACAUCUUACUUCUGGUAACACAGCAUUGAGAGGUCAUGAACAGAAAAAUAAUAAUCCAGAACAAUUUGACGGAGAAGGUAACUUUAUGCGCACAGUGCGAUUGUUGGCGGACUGGAAAAUUCAAAAUGAAUUAAUUGACCUUCUAGCUACAAGUACUCGAAACUUAAUAUGUGAAGAAAUAAGACAUUUGCAAUGUUUUUCUAUUAUAAUGGAUUCGACUCAAGAUAUUACCAAACUUGAUCAAGUCAGUAUAGUUAUAAGGUAUGUGGUAAUAAAUCAUAAUGAAUCAAGUAUAAGCGUAAAGGAAUCGUUUUUGGGAUUUUUUGUUAUUGAAAAACACGGAGCACAAGAUUAUGAAGAAUUAAUCACAAAUAUAUUAGUGAAGCUCAAUAUUGACAUAAAUAAAUGCAGAGGACAGGGGUAUGAUGGGGCUUCUGUCAUGAGUGGCGUAUACUCCGGAGUCCAAAAAAGAAUAAAAGUUAAAGUUCCUACAGCAUCGUAUGUUCACUGUUGUGCCCAUAAUUUGAACUUAGUCAUAUCAGAUGCAGCUAAAAGCUCUCAAAAAGUUGUAUCAUUUUUUGAAACUGUUCAAGCAGUUUUAAAUUUUUUUAGUGCCAGUGCUCCUAGGUGGGCUAACUUAGCAUUUGGGAAUGACGAAAAUAGAAAAAUUAAACUGAAAGUCUUAAAAAAGGGCCUCUUCGUUAAAAGUGACACUGGGGCCCCAGUUAGCCUAGUUGCGCCGCUGCUUGUUCACCAACUUAAAGAAACAUAUGGGAGGGAAAAGGCUGAAUUUAGACGAAGAAGUGAAGAUUGUAGUGAAGGAGUACUUGCAAAAAAAGGUGGACGGAAGGUUCUAUGA